CAAGCUUGCCGGUCAGUUUUGGGUAACACUUCGUUUGCGUAAGAUGGCAGGCAUGACCCUCCAAGAGAAGCUGGUGGCCUUCCGUGUAUGGGAGCUUAUCACGAGUAUCGUGGUCAUUGGCGGCGUCUUUGCCAUCACUUCGUCGACGCUCUACCUCCGACCCAUUCCUCACGUCGCAAUUCAACUGAACGCCACCAACACCAUCUAUGCACGAGAUCCGAGCCUCGACCUAACAGAAGGCGUCGAACAAGUUCCGUUGUCGGUGGCCAUAGCCAUCUACUACGCGACACCGCUCCUCGUCCACGCGGCGUUCCAGUGGCACCGCUUCGUGAUGAACGACACCCGCGACUUUAUGCUGACGCUGGCCAUGUCCACGGCCGUAUGCCAGCUGCUGACUCACUUUGGCAAAGUGACGGCGGGUCGAUUCCGCCCCAGCUUCUACGACAUGUGUGACUGGGACACGUCCAUCGUGUGGGACGGCGUGGCAAAUCUGUGCCGCAAUCCAAAGGGCGAAGCGGAAGGCCGCAAGUCCUUUCCAUCCGGCCACGCCUCCGGCGCGUUCUCCACGCUCUUCCUCCUCACGCUGUACCUCUUGGGUCGAAGCAAACUUCUGGCGGGGUCGGCUCUUGCUACGCAGCGAGGAUUUUUGGCCAGCGUCAACUUCUUCCUCGCGCUCGUGCCAACGGUAGUUGCCAUGUGGAUCUCCAUCACCCGAUCCCAAGACAACUGGCAUCACUACUCGGACAUCCUGGCGGGAAGUGUGAUCGGCAUCUUGGCAUCCAUCCUUGCCUACUGUUUCAACUACGGCUCGUUGUUUGACUACAAGAGCGCGGGGAUGCCAUUGGAGACGCUGCGGGAUUUGAAAGAGGUGGACGUGCCAGCAUUCAACGACUUGCAAGACUCUGGGUUGCCCUGAGUUUGUGUAGUUAUGCCAUGCUGGAAAUAGUAAUAAUGGAUACUUCUAGUAUUUUACUAUUUUCAGAAUGAAAUGAUACAAACUGUUCAUAAAUAUAAUACAUUUGGUUUAAAU